AGCCAGAGCCUGAGUCCCCAGCCCUGGAGAGACCCGACCGCAGGGGGCUUCUGGUGGUCAAAGAACACGAGGACAUCGUCCUGACUGCCACGCUGGCCGCACCCUCUGUGGCUGCGGUGACAUGGCUCAAGGACGGCGUGGAGAUUCGCCGCAGCAAACGGCACCAGACGGCCAGCCUGGGGGACACGCACACCCUGACGGUGCGCGGUGCACAGACUCUGGACAGCGCGGUGUACAGCUGCUGCGUAGGCGCCGAGGCGCAGGACUUCCCGGUGCAGGUGGAAGAGGUGGCCGCCAGGUUCUGCCGGCCCCUGGAGCCCGUGAGCGGGGAGCUGGGCGGCACGGUGACGCUGGCCUUCCCCCGCGAAGUCAAGUUCACGUCUGGGCUGAGCGCCAUGGUCGCGGAGGAGGGCCAGGAGGUCACCUUCCAGUGCGUGGUGACCCCCAGCGACGCGGCAGUCCUGUGGUUCCGGGACGGUACCCAGCUGCAGCCCAGCGAGAAGUUUCGCAUGUCGCAGAGCGGCGCCAGCCACAGCCUGACCAUCUCUGGCCUGGUCCUGGAGGACGCCGGCCAGAUCGCCGCGGAGGCUGAGGGGGUCACAUCCUCGGCUGCCCUCCGCGUCCGAGAGGCUCCUGUGCUGUUCAAGAAGAAGCUGGAGCCACAGACAGUGGAGGAGUGGGGUUCAGUGACCCUGGCGGUAGAGCUGACCAGGCCUUGGCCGGAUGUCAAGUGGACACGCAAUGCUAUGGCCAUAUCCCCAAGCGAGAAUGUGGCAGUCUACACAGAGGGCGCAAGUCACCGCUUGGUCCUCCGCAGUGUGGGUUUUGCUGACCGUGGCUUCUAUGGCUGUGAGACGCCAGAUGACAAGACACAGGCCAAGCUCACAGUAACAAUGCGCCAGGUCCAGCUCCUGCGGGGCCUGCAGGUGGUGGAGGUGCAAGAGCAGGGCUCCACCACCAUGGAGGUGGAGCUGUCCCAUGCCAACGUAGAGGGCAGCUGGACACGUGAUGGCCUUCGGCUACAGCCAGGGCCCACGUGCCAACUGGCAGUUCAAGGCCCCAUUCACACCCUCACGCUGUCUGAGCUGCAGCCACAGGAUGGUGGUCUCAUCGCCUUCAAGGCUGAGGGCGUGCACACAUCCGCGCGGCUGGUGGUAACUGAGCUGCCUGUGAGGUUCAGCCGUCCACUGCAGGACAUGGUGGCUACAGAGAAAGACAAAGUGACGCUGGAGUGUGAGCUGUCACGCCCCAAUGUGGACGUGCGCUGGCUGAAGGAUGGCGUGGAGCUUCAGGUUGGCAAGACAGUGGGUAUGGCAGCCAAGGGCACCUGCCGGACUCUCGUCAUUUACCAGUGUGCCUUUGGAGACCAGGGCGUGUAUGUGUGUGAUGCCCAUGGGGCUCAGACCUCGGCAUCCCUGAAGGUGCAAGGGCGCAACAUCCAGAUCCUGAGACCCCUGGAGGACGUGGAGGUGAUGGAGAAGGAGAGCGCCACUUUCUCCUGUGAGGUCUCCCAUGAUGAUGUGUCUGCUCAGUGGUUCCGGGAGGGCAGUAAGCUUCGGUCCAGUGACAACGUGCGCAUCCGCCAGGAAGGAAGGACAUACACGCUCAUCUACCGGAGGGUCCUGGUGGAAGAAGCAGGAGAAAUCCGAUUUGUAGCUGAAAAUGCAGAAUCUCGAGCCCAACUCCGAGUGAGAGAGCUGCCAGUGUCCAUUCUGCGCCCCCUGCGGGACAAGAUUGCCAUGGAGAAGCAUCGCGGGGUCCUUGAGUGCCAGGUGUCUCGGGCCAGUGCCCAGGUGCGGUGGUUCAAGGGUGGCGUGGAACUGCGGACCGGGCCCAAGUACGAGAUGGUCAGCGAUGGCCUCUACCGCAAGCUGGUCAUCAGUGAUGUGCAGCCUGAGGAUGAAGACACUUACACAUGCGAUGCUGGCGAUGUGAAGACCUCUGCCCAGUUCUUUGUGGAAGAGCAAUCCAUCACCAUCGUGCGGGGCCUGCAGGACGUGACCGUGAUGGAGCCUGCCCCCGCCUGGUUCGAGUGUGAGACCUCCAUUCCCUCUGUUCGGCCGCCCAAGUGGCUGCUGGGGAAGACGCCAUUGCAGGCCGGGAAGGAUGUGGGCAUGGAGCAGGAAGGCACAGUGCACCGGCUGACGCUGCGGCGCACCUGCUCCACCAUGACCGGGCCAGUGCACUUCACCAUCGGCAAGUCGCGCACCACCGCCCAGCUGGUUGUCUCAGACAUCCCUGUGGUGCUUACAAGGCCGCUGGAGCCUAAGGCGGGCCGUGAACUGCAGUCAGUGGUCCUGUCCUGCGACUUCAAGCCGCCCCCCAAGGCUGUGCAGUGGUACAAGGAGGACACACCCUUGGCGCCCUCGGACAAAUUCAGAAUGCGCCUCGAGGGCCACAUGGCUGAGCUUCGAGUGCUGCGGCUCACGCCCGCCGACGCCGGCGUCUACCGGUGCCAGGCCGGCGGUGCCCAGAGCUGUGCCCAGGUCACCGUGGAAGCGCGGGAGGUGACCGUGACAAGCCCGCUGCAGGACGCGGAGGCCACGGAGGAGGGCCGCGCCUGCUUCUCGUGCGAGCUUUCCCACGAGGACGAAGAGGUGGAGUGGUCACUCAAUGGGACGCCCCUCUACAACGACAGCUUCCAUGAAAUCACCCACGAGGGCCACCGCCACACGCUGGUGCUGAAGCGGGUCAGGCGCGGGGACGCGGGCACCGUGUGCGUCUCUUCCCCCAAGGUGACGGCCUCUGCCCGCCUGGAGGUCAGAGCGAAGCCGGCGGUGUUCCUGAAGGCGCUGGACGACGUGUCCGCGGAGGAGCAGAGCACCCUGACCCUGCAGUGCGAGGUCUCCGACCCCCAGGCGGGUGUAGUGUGGCGCAAGGACGGAGUGGAGCUGGGCCCCAGCGACAAGUACGACUUUCUGCACACGGCGGGCACGCGUGGGCUGGUGGUCCACGACCUGAGCCUGGACGACGCGGGCCUGUACACCUGCCAUCUGGGCACUGAGGAGACCUGCGCGAAUGUCAGCGUGCACGACCUGCACGUGGGCAUCACCAAGAGGCUGAAGAACGUGGAGGUGCUAGAGGGUGAGGGCUGCAACUUCGAGUGUAUCCUGUCCCAUGAGGACACAGGUGACACUGCCACUUGGACAGUCGGCGGGAAGACAUUGGGCAGCACAGGCCGCUUCCGGGCCACUCGCCAGGGCCGAAAGUACACCCUGGCAGUGCGAGAGGCACUGCUGAGUGACACCGGGGAGGUGGUCUUCUCUGUGCGCGGCCUCACCUCCAAGGCCUCGCUCCUCGUCAAAGAAAGGCCAGCAGACAUCACGAAGCCAUUGGAAGACCAGCGGGCCAUGGCAGGGGAGGAUGCGAUACUGAGCUGUGAGCUGUCACGGGUGGACUCCCCAGUGCGCUGGCUGAAGGAUGGGAAAGCCAUUCGCAAGAGUCAGAAGUAUGACCUGCUCUGUGAGGGCACGCGGGCCAUGCUGGUAGUCCACGCGGCCUCACUCAAAGAUUCCGGAGAAUACACAUGUGAAACAGAGGCUUCCAAGAGCACAGCCAGCCUCUAUGUGGAAGAAAAGCCAAACCGGUUCACAGAGGAGCUGGCUGACCUGCAGGUGGAGGAAAAAGGCCUGGCUGUAUUUACCUGCAAGACAGAGCGCCCUGCAGCCACGGUGACCUGGAGAAAGGGCCUCUCUGAGCUGCAUGCCUCGGGGAAGCAUGCACCCAGCCAGGAGGGCGUGACCUUGAGGCUCACCAUCAGUGCCCUGGAAAAGGCAGACAGUGAUACGUACUCCUGCGAUAUUGGCCAGGCAAGGUCCCAGGCACGGCUCGUGGUGCAAGGUCAGAGAGUGCUCAUCACGGAGGACCUGAGGGACGCGGAGGUGCAGGAGGGCUCCUCUGCCACCUUCAGCUGCCGUGUCUCCCCUGGGGACUAUGGGCCUGUCUGCUGGUUCCUGGACAAAACACCUCUGCACCCUAAUGAGCUCAAUGAGAUUGAGACCCAGCCGGGUGGUUACCACGUGCUCACCCUGCGGGAGCUUGGGCUCAAGGACUCGGGCACUGUCUACUUUGAAGCGGGCGACCAGCGGUCCUCGGCCACCCUGCGGGUCACAGAGAAGCCAAGUGUCUUCUCCCAGGAGCUCACGGAUGCCACAGUCAUGGAGGGGGAGGAUCUGACUCUGGUCUGUGAGACCACUGUCCCGGACAACCCUGUGCAUUGGACCAAGGAUGGGAAAACCCUGCGGGGGUCGGCCCGGUGCCAGCUGAGCCGUGAGGGCCGCCGAGCCCAGCUGGUCAUCACUGGCACCACCCUGCAGGAUGGCGGGCGCUACAAGUGUGAGGCUGCGGGUGCCUGGAGCAGCUCCAUCGUCAGGAUCCACGCGCGGCCCGUGCACUUCCGGGAAAGCCUGAAGGACAUAGAGGUGCUAGAGGGCGGUGCUGCCACACUGCGCUGCAAGCUGUCAACGGUGGCUGCACCUGUGGAGUGGCGCUGUGGAGAUGAGGUCCUGCGGCCAGGAGGCAAGUACAGGAUGCGGCAGGAGGGUACCAUGCUGGAGCUGGUGGUCCGGGACUUGCAGCCCGGCGACAGCGGUCAGUACGUCUGCUGCUUCGGGGACCAGACAACCUCAGCCACGCUCACCGUGAAGGCCCUGCCUGCGGAGUUCGUAGGAAGACUGAGAAGCAAGGAGGCCACGGAAGGGGCUGUGGUAACGUUGCGCUGCGAGCUGAGCAAGGCGGCCCCUGUGGAGUGGAGGAAGGGGCUCGAGACCCUCAGAGCUGGGGACAGAGUCAACCUGAGGCAGGACGGGGCCGUGUGUGAGCUGGAAAUUUGUGGCCUGAUGGUGGCGGAUGCCGGGGAGUACUCGUGUGUGUGUGGGCAGGAGAGGACGUCGGCCACACUGACCGUCAGGGCCCUGCCUGCGGAGUUCAUAGGAAGACUGAGAAGCAAGGAGGCCACGGAAGGGGCUGUGGUAACGCUGCGCUGCGAGCUGAGCAAGGCGGCCCCCGUGGAGUGGAGGAAGGGGCUCGAGACCCUCAGAGCUGGGGACAGAGUCAGCCUGAGGCAGGAAGGGGCUGUGUGUGAGCUGGAGAUCCAUGGCCUUGCGGUGGCAGAUGCCGGGGAGUACUCAUGCGUGUGUGGGCAGGAGAGGACGUCGGCCACGCUGACAGUCAAGGUCCUGACACCCCAAUUCACAAAAGUCUUGGGUCCUGAGACAGCCAUGGAUUCCAUGUCCAUGCUGCACAUGUCUGUGAGUUGGCAGGUUUCCCCCAUGAAGUGGUGGAACAGGCCUGAGACCCUCAGCGAUGGGGAAUCAGGACCAGGCCUGGCCAUAGUGAGAGUGUGUUUUAUUGUCAUGUGUCCAUGUGUUGCCCAAACCCCCAAGUUCCCCAGGCAAGCUGAUGUUUUCUGGGUCCUUCUGACCUCCUUAGCCCUGCCCGCCAAGUUCACAAAGCAUCUGAGGAAUGAGGAGGCCACGGAAGGGGCAACGGCCACACUUCCCUGCGAGCUGAGCAAGGCGGCGCCUGUGGAGUGGAGGAAGGGGCUCGAGACCCUCAGAGCUGGGGACAGAGUCAGCCUGAGGCAGGAUGGGGUCCUGUGUGAGCUGGAGAUCCGAGGUCUGGCAGUGGCAGAUGCUGGGGAGUACUCAUGUGUGUGCGGGCAGGAGAGCACGUCAGCCACACUGACCAUCAGGGCCCUGCCCGCGAAGUUCACAAAGGGUCUGGGGAAGGAAGAGGCCAUGGAAGGGGCCACAGCCACGUUGCGCUGCGAGCUGAGCAAGGCGGCCCCUGUGGAGUGGAGGAAGGGGCGNNNNACCCUCAGUGCUGGGGACAGAGUCAGCCUGAGGCAGGAUGGGGUCCUGUGUGAGCUGGAGAUCCGAGGUCUGACAGUGGCAGAUGCUGGGGAGUACUCAUGUGUGUGCGGGCAGGAGAGCACGUCAGCCACACUGACCAUCAGGGCCCUGCCCGCCAAGUUCACAAAGGGUCUGAGGAAUGAGGAGGCCACAGAAGGGGCCACAGCCACGCUGCGCUGCGAGCUGAGCAAGGCGGCCCCUGUGGAGUGGAGGAAGGGGCUCGAGACCCUCAGAGCUGGGGACAGAGUCAGCCUGAGGCAGGACGGGGUCCUGUGUGGGCUGGAGAUCCGAGGUCUGGCAGUGGCGGAUGCCGGGGAGUACUCGUGCGUGUGUGGGCAGGAGAGCACGUCGGCCACACUGACCAUCAAGGCCCCGCCGUUGGUAUUCAAGGAGCCUUUGCAGAGCCUGCAGGCUGAGGAAGGCACAGAGGCCAGGCUGAGAUGUGAGCUGUCUGAGCCCAGGGCUGUGGUCUGGAGUAAGGGUGGCCUGGAGCUGCAGGCCAACGAGCGCCGGGAGCCACGGCAGCAGGGCUGCAUGGUGGAGCUGGUGCUGCGGGACCUGCGCUGGGAAGAUGCGGGCGAGUACACCUGCACCUGUGGCUCCCAGGCCACCAGCGCCACUGUCACUGUCACAGCUGCACCUGUGCGGUUCCUCCGGGAACUGCAGGCCCAGGAGGUGGAUGAGGGUGGGACGGCACGCCUGUGCUGUGAGCUGAGCCGGGUGGGCACCAGUGUGGAGUGGCGCAAGGGCUUGCUGCAGCUCUUCCCCUGUGCCAAGUACCAGAUGGUUCAGGAAGGCGUGACUGUGGAGCUGCUGGUGCACGAUGCAGACCAGGAGGACGCCGGACACUACACCUGUGACACAGGCCACGCACAGAGCACUGCCAGACUCUCAGUUCGCGCCCCCAGGCCCAUGUUCCAGACUGAGCUGCAGGACGCAGAGCAGGAGGUGGGCAGCCUGGCCCGGCUGUGCUGCCAGCUGAGUGAGGUGGAGCCUGGGGCCCCUGUGCAGUGGCUCAAGGAGGGUGUGGAGCUGCACACUGGCUCCAAGUACGAGAUGCAUCACCGGGGGGCCAUGUGUGAACUGCUGAUCCACGGGCUCGAGGCCAAGGACGCGGGCCAGUAUGCCUGCGUGGUGGGUGGCCAGAAAACCAUGGCCUCUGUCAAGGUCAGAGCCCCCCAGGUGACCAUUCUGGAGCCUCUGCAGGAUGUGCAGCUCAGUGAGGGCCAGGAUGCCCAUUUCCGAUGCCGGCUGUCCAGGGCCUCUGGCCAGGAGGCUCGCUGGGCCUUGGGAGGAGUGCCUCUGCAGGCCAACGAAAUGAAUGACAUUACAGUGGAGCAAGGCACAUUCCACUCGCUCACUCUCCACAAGGUGACCCUUGAGGAUGCAGGAACCAUCAGUUUCCAGGUGGGCUCAUGUAGCUCAGAGGCCCAGCUGAAGGUCACAGCCAAGAAUACAGUGGUGCGUGGCCUGGAAAGCGUGGAGGUGCCCGAGGGGGGUGAAGCGCUAUUUGAGUGCCAGCUGUCCCGGCCAGAGGUGGCUGCGCACACCUGGCUGCUGGAUGACCAGCCCGUGCUCAGCUCGGAGAACGCCGAGGUGGUCUACUUCGAGAAUGGUCUGCGGCACCUGCUGCUGCUCAAAAACCUGCGGCCUCAGGACAGCUGCCGGGUGACCUUCCUGGCCGGGGAUGUGGUGACCUCAGCGUUCCUUACCGUCAGAGGCUGGCGCCUGGAAGUCCUGGAGCCCCCGCGGGAUGUGGCCGUGGGGGCAGGAAGGCAGGCCCACUUCAGCUGCACGCUCAGUGAGGUGGUGCCUGUGGGCGAGGCAACCUGGUACAUCAACGGGACUGCAGUGCAGCCUGACGACGUGGACUGGAUGGUGACUGCAGAUGGCAGCCACCACACGCUGCUGCUGCGCCGCGCCCGGCCGCACCACGCCGGCGAAGUCACCUUUGCUGCCCGCGAUGCCGUGGCCUCUGCGCAGCUCACCGUGCUGGGCCUCCCGGAUCCCCCGGAGGACGCCGAGGUGGUGGGGCGCAGUGACCACUCCGUGACGCUGUCUUGGGUGGCCCCGACAAGCGAUGGCGGUGGCGGUCUCUGUGGCUACCGGGUGGAGAUGAAACCAUCGGCCACUGGGGAGUGGCAGCUGUGCCACGAACUGGUGUCCGAGCCGGAGUGCGUUGUGGAUGGCCUGGCCCCUGGGGAGACCUACCGCUUCCGCGUGGCGGCUGUAGGCCCUGCAGGCGCUGGAGAGCCCGUGCACCUGCCCCAGACAGUGAGGCUCGCAGAGCCCCUGGGACCUGCGCCUGCGCCCCUAGCUCUGGAGAGCCGGCAGGUGGCGGCCGGCCAGGAUUUGCGCCUGGAUUGUGAGGUGGUGGAGGCUGGAGAGGUUGUCUGGCUGAAGGGAACGGAGCGCAUCCAGCCCGGGGGCCGCUUCCAGGUUCUUUGCCAGAGUGGGCGACAGACGCUGGUGAUUCGGGACUUCUCAGCAGAGGACCAGGGCGAGUACCGCUGCAGCCCUGCCAGGGAUCCCAUCUCUGCUGCUGCCGUGGCCUUCCAGGUGGUGCUGACACCAGGAUCCAGAGAUGAGGUCCCUGCACAGCCCAGCCUGCCUCCUGAGGCGGCCCAGGAGGGUGACCUGCACCUGCUGUGGGAGGCCCUGGCUCGAAAGCGCCGCAUGAGCCGUGAGCCCACACUGGACUCCAUCAGCGAGCUGCCUGAGGAGGACGGGCGCCUGCAGCGCCUCCGGCAGGAGGCAGAGGACCUGGCCCCUGACCUAUCUGAGGACUACUCCACAGCUGAUGAACUGGCACGCACUGGUGAGGCCGACCUCUCACACACCAGCUCUGACGACGAGUCCCGAGCAGGCACUCCUUCCCUGGUCACCUAUCUCAAGAAGGUUGGGAAGCCUGGCACCUUUCCACUGGCCAGUAAGGUUGGGGCUCCAGCAGUCCCUUCUGGAAAGCUGCAGAAGCAGCAGAAACAGCCAACCACAGUGUGCCCGCCACCAGGAGACCUGAGUAUUGAGGACCUCAGUGACCCAUCGCUGGACAAGGCAGCCAUGAAGAUCCAGGCUGCCUUUAAGGGUUACAAGGUGCGGAAGGAGAUGAGGCAGCAGGAGGGGCCCGUGUUCCGGAGCACAUUUGGAGACACUGAGGCACAGGUUGGGGACACCUUACGUCUAGAGUGUGUGGUGUCCAGCAAGGCAGACGUGCAAGCUCGUUGGCUGAAGGAUGGAGUGGAGCUGACGGAUGGCAGGCACCACCACAUUGACCAGCUCAGGGAUGGCACCUGUUCUCUGCUGGUCGCUGGCGUGGGCCAUGCUGAUGCGGGCUGCUACACCUGCCAGGUGAGCAGCAAGUUUGGCUGUACGGUCCACAGUGCCCACGUGGCUGUCAGCGGGACGGAGAGCGAGGCAGAGAGCUCCUCUGGUGGAGAAGUGGAUGACGCCUUUCGCCGGGCAGCCCGGCGGCUGCACCGCCUCUUCCGCACCAAGGGCUCAGCUGAGGUUUCGGAGGAGGAGAUCUUCUUGAGUGCCGAUGAGGGCUCAGGGGAGCCUGAGGAGCCUGGGGACUGGCAGACGUACCGCGAGGAUGAGCACUUGGUUUGCAUCCGCUUUGAGGCAUUGCCUGAGGCCCGUCGGGCGGCCACCCACUUCCAGGAGAUGUUCAAGAUGCUAGGCAUUGGGGUGGACAUCAGCCUGUUGGAGCAGGGACCCCGGGGGGUGGAGAUACGCAUCGCCAAGGUGGCUCUUGCCCCCGCAGUGCCUUUGGAGCCAGUGCCCAGCUUGCGGACCACAGAGGCUGCCCCAGUGUUCCUGACUGAGUUGCAGAAUCAGGAGGUGCUGGACGGGUACCCUGUGAGCUUCGACUGUGUGGUGACAGGCCAGCCCGUGCCCAGCGUGCGCUGGUUCAAAGAUGGGAGGAUCCUGGAGGAGGAUGACCACUACAUGAUCAGUGAUGACCAACAGGGCGGCCACCAGCUCAUCAUCACAGCUGUGGUGCCUGCAGACAUGGGUGUCUACCGCUGCCUGGCUGAGAACAGCAUGGGUGUGUCCUCCACCAAGGCUGAGCUCCGAGUGGACUUGACCAGCACUGACUAUGACACUGCCGCGGAUGCCACCGAGACCUCGUCCUACUUCAGCGCCCAAGGCUACCAGUCCAGUCGAGAGCAGGAGGGUGUAGAGUCUACGUCAGAAGAGGGACAAUUGCCCCAGGUGGUGGAGGAGCUGAAAGACCUCCAGGUGGCCCCCGGCACACGCCUGGCCAAGUUCCAGCUCAAGGUGAAAGGCUACCCGGUGCCCCGCCUAUACUGGUUCAAAGAUGGGCAGCCCCUGACUGCUUCUGCGCACAUUCGCAUGGUGAACAAGAAGGCACUGCACAGCCUGGAGAUCCUGUCGGUUACCAGCGAGGAUGCCGGCCAGUACUCUGCCUACGUCAGCAACACUGUGGGUGCCGCUUACUCCUCUGCCCAGUUACUGGUCCAAGGCCCUAAUGAUCCAGAAAAGAAGCCGGCAGCAGAUGUGCAGCAGCAGCUGGUGCCACCCCGAUUCCUGGAGAAGUUCACCCCUAAGAAGGUGAAGAAGGGCUCCAGCAUUACUUUAUCCGUGAAGGUCAAAGGUCUCCCCACCCCCACUGUGCACUGGCUGCGGGAGGAGGCCGAGCAGGUGCUGUGGAUUGGCCAGGACACCCCGGGCUACACGGUGGCCAGCUCAGCCCAGCAGCACAGCCUGGUCCUGCUGGAUGUGGGCCCACAGCACCAGGGCACCUACACCUGCAUCGCAUCCAACGCUGCUGGCCAGGCCCUCUGCUCCGCCAGCCUGCAUGUCUCUGGCUUGCCCAAGGAAGCAGGAUCAGUGGGAGAGACCGCUGGGGUGAAGGAGGCCCUCAUCUCCACCUUUCUGCAGGGGACCAAAGCCAUCUCUGAACAGAUGCCUGUGGAUUUCACCAGCCUUGCUGGGCAGAAAGGAGAGCCCCUGGCAACUGAGGCUCAUGGCCACCUGACCCUGGCUGAGGUGGGCACGGAGGAGUUCCUGCAGAAGCUGACCUCACAAAUCACGGAGAUGGUGUCGGCCAAGAUCACCCAGGCCAAGCUGCAGGUGCCUGGAGGUGACAGUGACGAGGAGUCCAAGACACCGUCCGCAUCUCCCCGUCAUGGCCGCUCUCGCCCCUCCUCCAGCGUCCAGGAGUCAUCCUCGGAGUCAGAAGACGGGGACUCCCGGGGGGAGAUCUUUGACAUCUACGUGGUCACUGCUGACUACCUGCCCCUAGGGGCUGAGCAGGAUGCCAUCUCGCUGCGGGAGGGCCAGUAUGUAGAGGUGCUGGACUCGGCCCACCCUCUGCGCUGGCUUGUGCGCACCAAGCCCACCAAGUCCAGCCCCUCAAGACAGGGCUGGGUGUCUCCUGCCUAUCUGGACAAGCGGCUCAAGCUGUCGCCUGAGUGGGGGCCCACUGAGGCCCCAGAGUUCCCCAGGGAGGCCGUGUCUGAGGAUGAGUACAAGAUGCGGUUGAGCUCCAUCGUCCAGGAGCUGCUGGCCUCUGAGCAGGCCUUUGUGGGCAAGCUGCAGUUUCUGCAGAGCCACCACAUGCAGCACCUGGACCACUGCCCCCACGUGCCAGCGGCGGUGGCCAGCCAGAAGGCCGUCAUCUUCCGCAACGUGCCGGACCUCAGCCAGUUCCACAACAGCUUCCUGCAGGAGCUGCAGAGCUGCCAGACAGAUGACGACGUGGCCAUGUGCUUCCUCAAGAACCAGGCGGCCUUCGAGAAGUACCUGGAGUUCCUGGUGGGCCGAGUGCAGGCCGAGUCGGUGGUGGUCAGCACGGCUGUGCAGGAGUUCUACAAGAAAUACUCGGAAGAGGUGCUGUCAGCCAUUGACCCCUCGCAGCCGCCCCCACCGCCGCUGCAGCACUUCCUGGAGCAGCCGGUGCAGCGGGUGCAGCAGUACCAGGCUCUGCUCAAGGAGUUGAUCCGCAACAAGGCGCGGAACCGGCAGAACUGCGCACUGCUGGAACAGGCCUAUGCCGUGGUGUCGGCCCUGCCGCAGCGGGCGGAGAACCAGCUGCACGUGUCGCUCAUGGAGAACUACCCAGGCACCCUGGAGGCCCUGGGCGAGCCCAUUCGCCAGGGCCACUUCAUUGUGUGGGAAGGGGCACCGGGUGCGCGGAUGCCCUGGAAGGGCCACCACCGCCACGUCUUCCUGUUCCGCCACCACCUGGUGGUCUGCAAGCCCAAGAGGGACUCACACACUGACACCUUUAGCUACGUGUUCCGGAACAUGAUGAAGCUAAGCAGCAUCGACCUGAACGAGCAGGUAGAAGGGGACGACCGUGCCUUCGAGGUGUGGCAUGAGCGGGAGGACUCAGUGCGCAAGUACCUCCUGCAGGCUCGGACUGUCAUCACCAAGAACGCAUGGGUGAAGGAGAUCUGCGGCAUCCAGCAGCGCUUGGCCCUCCCCGUCUGGCGACCCCCGGAUUUUGAGGAAGAGCUGGCCGACUGUACAGCCGAGCUGGGUGAAACAGUCAAGCUGGCCUGCCGUGUGACGGGCACACCCAAGCCCAUCGUCAGCUGGUACAAAGAUGGGAAGCCAGUGGAGGUGGACCCUCACCACAUCCUCAUUGAAGACCCUGAUGGCUCAUGCACCCUCAUCCUGGACAAUCUGACCAGCGCUGAUUCCGGCCAGUACAUGUGUUUUGCGGCCAGUGCUGCCGGCAAUGCCAGCACCCUGGGCAAGAUCCUGGUGCAGGUCCCCCCAAGGUUUGUGAGCAAGGUCCGGGCAGUGCCUUUUGUGGAAGGAGAGGACACCCAGGUCACCUGCACCAUCGAAGGUGCCCCGCACCCUCAGAUCAGGUGGUACAAGGACGGGGCCCUCCUGACCCCUGGUGGCAAGUACCGGACCCUGAGUGAGCCACGCAGUGGCCUGCUGGUACUGGAGAUCCGGGAGGCCAGCAAGGAGGACCUGGGCCACUAUGAGUGUGAGCUGGUGAACCGGCUGGGCUCCGUACGAGACGGCGUGGAGCUGUGCCUGCAGGGCCCUACCCUGCAGGCCAGGGAACCGCACCGCCGCAGGGAGCACGUGGCUGUGGUGGAAGUCACUGAGCAGGAGACUAAAGUCCCCAAGAAAACCGUCAUCAUAGAGGAGACCAUCACCACCGUGGUGAAGAGCCCGCGUGGCCGCCUCAAGUCCCCCAGCAAGUCUCCCUCCCGCUCGCCUUCCCGGCACCCUGCCAGUUCACCCAGGUCAGGCCUGUCAGCCCCUGAGUUGCUGCAUUCACCAGGGGCUGGCCAACUUCGAAGGCCAGGGGAGGAGCCAGGCUGGAAGCCCCCUGUACCCACACUGUACGUGACAGAGCCCGGAGCCCAUACACCAGCCCUGCCCAGGGGCACUGGGCCCAGGCCCAAGUGGGUGGAGGUCGAGGAGACCAUCGAAGUCCAGGUGAAGAAAACAGGCCCAAGGGGUGCAUCUCCAGCUAGAGAGGUGCCUGGCAGCUCAGCGGGGCUUCUCUUCACGCUUCCUGGUGGGACCCCCAGAGGAGACCCCAACACAAACAACUCCAACAACAAGCUGCUGACCCAGGAGCCCCUGACCCAGGGCAGAGUCUUCUGUGUGGACGCUGGGCUGGAGACCCAUGAGCUGUCCCCUCCUGGGGCCACCGAAGAGGAGGGGAGAGGUGUCCACCUGAUGGAGGAGCCCCUGGGCGCCGAGGACCUUCGAGGCUGGGACCCCAAGAUCCUCACACGCGAUGGCUGUGUGCUGACGCUGGCUGACCUGGAGGAUUACAUGCCCCAGGAAGGGGAGACCUUCGGCUGCAGCAGCCCCGUGCCCAGUGUCUCCGACGACCCACCCUGCGAGGUCUCGGUGCUCCAGAGAGAGAUCAGCGAGCCCACUGUGGGACAGCCCGUCCUGCUCGACGUGUGGGGCCCACCAGGCCCCCGAGCCCCACCUGGCUUCUUCAGCUGCUUGCCCCAGGGAACAGCUCUGUCGAGGCCCCAGGUCUUCCGCCCCGUUGGUGUCUCCCGGGCUAGGGGUGCCACAUCCUUCUGCACCCAAGUCCAUCGCUCUGCGGACAGUGGCCAGAGCAGCUUCAAAACGGAGGUUUCCACCCACACGGUCAGCUUUGGGACAGUGGGUGAGACAGUCACCCUGCACAUUCGGCCUGACGGGGAUGAGGACCCCAGUCCGUCCCAGGGUGCUGCUGUCCCACCCCCAACUGCUCUGGAGCAAGUGGACCAGAGCACAUCUGUCCAGAGGACACUGGUGGGCCCGGAGGCUCCGGAAACCUCUGCAGGGGACCACGCUGGCCUGGGCCCCAGGGAGCCCCGUGCUCUCCAGGAGGUCAGCCAGCUCCUAGGCACUGAGGCUGCAGAGGAAUCUGACCCCUCCUCUGUGCUGACCCAAGCCUUGGUCGCCAUGGGUGCUCACCCCAUGGGAGUGAAGUGGAAGAACCCUCGGGACCCAGGCCCUGGCCUCCCACCAGCAGUGUCCAGGAAGGUGCCUGAGUCUCUCCCUCCUGGGAGCCAGGAUCAGGACUCGGGGGCUCCCGCGGCAGCUCACGAACGCCUGGUGCCCAUCAGGAUGGAGAGCGCGGCCUGGCCAGGGACAGAGGCCACUGAGCUCUGGGAUGUCUGCAGCCAUGUGUUCACAGAAACCAUGCACCGGACAUACGUGUACAAGGCCAGCGACCUGGGUGCCGCAGCAAGACCCCCGUCCAUGCAGGUCACCAUCGAGGAUGUGCAGGCACAGGGAGGCAGCACAGCGGAAUUCCAGGCCGUCAUCGAGGGCAACCCGCAGCCCACAGUGACCUGGUAUAAGGACAGCGUCCAGCUGGUGGACAGUGCACGGCUCAGCCAGCAGCAGGAAGGGACAACCUACUCCCUGGUGCUGAGGGAUGUGGCCCAGCACGAUGCCGGUGUCUACACCUGCCUGGCCCAAAACGCUGGCGGCCAGGUGCUGUGCAAGGCGGAGCUGCUGGUGCAUGAAGGGGCCAGCGAGCUGGGCUCGGAGAAGCAAAGCUAUCGGAGAAAACUGCACUCUUUCUACGAAGUCAAGGAAGAGAUUGGGAGAGGUGUGUUCGGCUUUGUGAAGAGGGUGCAGCACAAGGGCAACCAGAUGUCUUGUGCUGCCAAGUUCAUCCCCCUGCGGAGCAGGACACGCACCCAGGCUUACCGGGAGCGAGAUGUGCUGGCAGAGCUGAGCCACCCGCUGGUGACCAGGCUGCUGGACCAGUUUGAGACGCGCAAAACGCUCAUCCUUGUCCUGGAGCUGUGCUCAUCAGAGGAACUACUGGACCGCCUGUUCAAGAAGAGUGUGGUGACAGAAGCUGAGGUCAAGGUCUACAUCCAGCAGCUGGCGGAGGGGUUGCAUUACCUGCACAGCCACAGCAUCCUCCACCUGGACAUAAAGCCCCCCAACAUCCUGAUGGUGCAUCCUGCUCGGGAAGACAUUAAAAUCUGCGACUUUGGCUUUGCGCAAAAAAUCACCUUGGCAGAGCCAAAGUAUAGCAAGUACGGGUCCCCUGAGUUUGUGUCCCCGGAGAUCAUUGAGCAGACCCCUGUGAGCGAAGCCUCUGACAUCUGGGCUAUGGGGGUCAUCUCCUACCUCAGCUUGACCUGCGUGUCCCCAUUUGCGGGCGAGAGUGACCGAGCAACCCUCUUGAACGUGCUGGAGGGGCGGGUGUCUUGGAGCAGCCCAGUGGCUGCACACCUCAGCCCGGAUGCUCAGGACUUUAUCAAGGCUGCCCUGCAGAGGGUCCCGGAAAGCCGGCCCAGUGCAGCCCAGUGCCUUGCCCACCCCUGGCUCCAGAAGUCCCUGCCCGCGGAGGAGGCCCACUUCAUCAACACCAAGCAGCUCAAGUUCCUCUUGGCCCGCAGCCGCUGGCAGCUGCUGGAGCCCCGGGCGCUGGAGGAGGCGGCGGCCCGAGAGGAGCCGCCCUCCUUGGAGACUUCCCCGCGGCCGCCCAGCGCCAGCACCGGCGCCCCCGGGGGUCCCUGCCGCAGCCCUUCCCUGGGCUCCGACUGUCCCCGUGGGGCCGGCCCUUCCGGAGAGGCCUGCCAUGAGGGGCAGGGCCCCUCACCCACCCUCUGGGGCCUCCAGGCUGAAACAGGAGGGGAGAGCCCGCCCAGAGAGGUGGCAGGUGCCCCGGAAAUGGAGUUUCGGGAAGGGCAGAGACCAUUUUCAUCUUCUGGCGGAGAUCCUUGCCUUGCUGAGCAAGAGGGGUCCUCCCAGGACAGCUGUGGGGGUGCGCCGGCUCCUUUUUAUCACCCCCAGAGGGGCCCUGCCACCAGGAAGGGCUCUGAUCCCCCUGAGGCUGUUGCACCCCAAGCUCCUGCCUCCGUCCUCUCCCGGGGACUGCAGGCUCCCUCCUCCUCAGCUCAAGCAAGCCUCCAGUCAGGCCCUAAGAUGGGGCUGGAGGCCACCCUGUUUCCUGGGAGGCCCCGUCCCCCCAGCUCUCCAGGGCCAGCCUCCCCAUCUGGCAUGGCGCCCGGCUCCUCCCUGGACACCGAGGAUCUAGCCCAGGAGACAGAGGGCCUGUGGGAGUCUGAGCCCAGCCCACCUCAGCCUCGGGAGCAGGCGACCUCACGGAAGUUCUCCCUUGGGCACCAUGGCGGUUAUGCAGGGGUGGCCGGCUAUGGCGCCUUUGCCUUUGGCGGGGAUGCGGGAGGCAUACUGGGACAGGGACCCCUGUGGGCCCGGAUGACCUGGGCCACCUCUCAGUCCUCGGAGGAACAGGACGAAACAGGGGCCGAGAGCCCACUCCCCCAGGCCAGCAUGGUGCCCUGGCCAGAGGGCAGCGGGGGCAGGGGAUCCCAGGUGUCGCUGGUGCAGAUCCAGGACCUGUCAGGGGACAUGGAGGCAGCAGACACCAUGUCUCUGGAUAUAUCAGAGGUGGAGCCUGCCUACCUCAACCUGUCGGACCUGUACGACAUCAAGUACCUUCCCUUUGAGUUCAUGCUCUUCAGGAAGAUCCCCAAGCCAGAGCUGCCACCAUCCCCAACGUCGGAGGCCGGGGAGGAGCUGGCUGAGCUCCCAGAGGCCACGUGGUCCUGGCAGAGCGGGCUGGGCCUGCCUGCCAGCCUGGAGAUCAGGGAAGAGCUGGAGGACAGUGAGGCCCUGUUCAGGGAGGCAGGUGGCAGCAGGAAGCGCAAGUGGUCACCCCCCUCCAGUGGCCUGCGCUUCCCUGGGAGGCAGGCCCUGCUGGACGAGCCUGUGGAACUGGGGCUGCGCCAGAAGGUGAGGGCCUCAGUGGCCCAUAUCUCCAGCCUCCUGAGAGGCAGGCCUCAAGGUCCAGAGAAGGAGGGUCCCCCUAGGAAGAGGGCAGGCCUCGUUUCCUUCCGGCUGUCGGGUCUGAAGAGCAGAGACCAAGCGCCAUCCUUCCUAAGGGAGCUUGCAGAUGAGACCGUGGUCCUGGGCCAGUCUGUGACUCUUGCCUGCCAAGUGUCGGCCCAGCCAGCUGCCCAGGCCACCUGGGAUAAAGAUGGGGUUAUCCUGGAGAGCAGCAGCCGCCUCCUCAUCUCCUCCACACUAAAAAAUUUCCACCUUCUGACCAUCCUGGUGGUGACCCCUGAGGACCUAGGCGUGUACACAUGCAGCGUGCACAAUGCCCUGGGCACGGCAGCCACCACAGCUGUCCUCCGGAAGGCAGAGCGCCCCUCGUCCUCCCCGCGCCCAGACAUCGGGGAGGUGUAUACUGAUGGGGUCUUGCUGGUCUGGAAGCCCAUGGAGUCCUAUGGCCCUGUGACCUACAUUGUGCAGUGCAGCCUAGAAGGUGGCAGCUGGAGCACGCUGGCCUCAGACAUCUUUGAUUGCUGCUACCUGGCCAGCAAGCUUUCCAGAGGCGGUGUGUAUGCCUUUCGGACUGCGUGCGUCAGCAAGGCCGGCAUGGGCCCCUACAGCAGCCCCUCUGAGCAGGUCCACCUGGGAGGGCCCAGGCACCUGGCCUCGGAGGAGAGCUGCCCUGCACCGCCAGCCCAGCCGCUCCCCAGCACGCAGACCUUCGCCUUCCAAACACAAAUCCGAAGGGGCCGCUUCAGCGUGGUGCGCCAGUGCCGGGAGAAGGCCAGUGGACGGGAGCUGGCCGCCAAGAUCAUCCCCUACCGCCCGGAGGACAGGACAGCCGUGCUUAGCGAGUACGAGGCCCUCAAGGGCCUGCGCAACCCACACUUGGCCCAGCUGCAGGCCGCCUACCUCAGCCCCCGGCACCUGGUCCUCAUCUUGGAGCUGUGCUCAGGGCCGGAGCUGCUCCCCUGCCUGGCUGAGCGGGCCUCCUAUUCAGAAUCUGAGGUGAAGGACUACCUGUGGCAGAUGCUGAGCGCCACCCAGUACCUGCACGCACAGCGCAUCCUGCAUCUGGACCUCAGGUCCGAGAACAUGAUCGUCACAGAGUACAACCUGCUCAAGGUGGUUGACUUGGGCAAUGCCCAGAGCCUCGCCCAGGAAAGGGUCCUGCCCUCAGAGAGGUUCAAAGACUAUGUGGAGACCAUGGCCCCGGAGCUCCUGGAGGGCCAGGGUGCCGUUCCACAGACUGACAUCUGGGCCAUCGGUGUGACGGCGUUCAUAAUGUUGAGCGCUGAGUACCCAGUGAGCAGCGAGGGCACGCGAGACAUGCAGAAAGGCCUGCGCAAAGGGCUCAUCUUGCUGAGUCGCUGCUACGCGGGGCUGUCCGGGGGAGCCGUGGCCUUCCUGCAGAGCACGCUGUGCGCGCACCCCUGGGGCCGGCCGUGUGCAUCCAGCUGCCUGCAGUGCCCAUGGCUGACGGAGGAGGGCCCAGCCUGCUCCCAGCCCUCCGCGGUGACCUUCCCCACAGCACGUCUGCGUGCCUUUGUGCGAGAGCGUGAGAAGAGGCGGGCGCUGCUGUACAAGAAGCACAACCUGGCCCAAGUGUGCUGAGCGCUUGGUCCUUCGGUGUUUGGUGGGGGGCGGGAAGGGGGGGAGGGGUCACACUGCUAGGCAGCACACCUGGCCUGGCCUCCACACGCAGUAUAUGCACAGACACUAAUAAAAACCAGAACCUCAUGAGGCCUCA